CGAGCGAACAAUAGCAGUACAGAGUGGACCGCGACGCCUGUCGGUGAUGGGAACGGUGCGUUAGCGUGUUGCUUUCAUGACUCGUCCAGUUGAACCAGAAACCAUAAACACAUGGUUAAAGUGCGCGUGAAGUUGUGUCUCCGUUUAAUCAGUGUGAAUGUGUACUGUCUAAUGUGUGCCCUUUGAGGAUAUUCCGGUUUUUUCGCCGCGCAACAUGUGGCGAAGCAAGGAUUAUUUUGUUUUGACGGCAUUCCUGCUUGUAAUCGUCUCGCAGACACAUUUAGUUGAAGGUUUUAUCUCGUGUUCGCCGAACCCUUGCAAGAAUGGCGGCGCCUGCGUGUCUUCGCCGCGCGGGGAGUCUUACUGCAACUGCACGACGAUGUACGUGGGCGAGUACUGCCAGCACCUGAACCCGUGCCACACGGGCCCGGCGCCGCGCUGCCAGAACGGCGGUUCGUGCGCCGUCAAGACGUCGCCCACCGCCUCGCCCACCUUCUCGUGCACCUGCCCCAUCGGCUUCUCGGCGUCGCUGUGCGAGAUCCCGGUGCCCAACUCGUGCAACUCGGACCCGUGCCUCAACGGCGGCUCGUGCGAGCUGCAGAGCCUCGACGCCUACACCUGCGCUUGCGUGCCCGGCUACACAGGCCAGCACUGCGAGCUGCAGAACCACUGCGCGUCGCAGCCGUGCCGCAACGGGGGCGAGUGCGCGUCCAUGGGCGACGCCUUCAAGUGCACGUGCCCGCCCGGCUUCACCGGCCGCACGUGCAACGAGGACGUGGUGGAGUGCGACAGCGACCCCUGCAAGCACGGCAAGUGCUACAACACCCACGGCUCCUACAAGUGCAUGUGUAAUCCUGGCUACACGGGGCAGAACUGCGACAGCAAGUACAUCCCGUGCGACCCGUCCCCGUGUCUCAACGACGGCUCCUGUCGCCAGGUGGACUCGCUGAGCUACGAGUGCCAGUGUCCUGUUGGUUUCCGCGGCAAAAACUGCGAAGAGAACAUCGACGACUGCCCGGGCAACCUGUGCCGCAACGGCGCGACGUGCGUGGACGACAUCAACCGCUACACGUGCCUGUGCCCGCCGUCGUUCACGGGCGAGCUGUGCCAGCAAGACGUGGACGAGUGCGCGCUGCGGCCGAGCGUGUGCCAGAACGGCGCCACCUGCACCAACACCCACGGCGGCUUCUCGUGCAUCUGCGUCAACGGCUGGACGGGCCCCACGUGCAGCAAGAACAUCGAUGACUGCGAGGGCGCCGCCUGCUUCAACGGCGCCACCUGCAUCGACCGCGUCGGCAGCUAUUACUGCCGCUGCACGCCGGGCAAGACAGGAUUGCUGUGCCAUCUGGACGACGCUUGCACUUCGAACCCGUGCCACGCCGACGCCAUCUGCGACACCUCUCCAAUCAACGGCUCGUACACAUGCUCGUGUGCUACCGGCUACAAAGGCGUCGACUGCAGCGAGGACAUCGACGAGUGCAAGGAAGGAUCACCGUGCGAGCACGAUGGGACGUGCGUCAACACGCCAGGCAGUUUCGCGUGCAACUGCACGCGUGGCUUCACGGGCCCCCGGUGCGAGACCAACGUGAACGAGUGCGAGUCGCACCCGUGCCAGAACGACGGCUCCUGCCUCGACGACCCCGGCACCUUCCGUUGCGUCUGCAUGCCAGGCUUCACUGGUACUCAGUGUGAAGUAGACAUUGAUGAAUGUGCUUCCAACCCAUGUCUGAAUGGCGGAAUAUGCAACGAUCUUAUCAACAACUUUACGUGUGUAUGUUCAAAAGGUUUCACGGGUAAUAGAUGCCAAAUAAACAUUGAUGAUUGUGUUAGCAGUCCCUGUAGAAAUGGAGGAGAAUGUCAUGAUGCUAUAGCUGGCUACACAUGUGAAUGCCCACCAGGAUUUACCGGCACAAACUGUGAAACUAAUAUCAACGAUUGCCAGAGUUCACCUUGUUAUUAUGGAGAAUGCAUUGACGGAGAAAAUCUAUUCACAUGCAAUUGUCAUGCUGGCUACACCGGAUACUUGUGUCAAACUCAAAUUAAUGAGUGCGAAAGUAAUCCUUGCCAGUAUGGAGGACGUUGUGAAGACCUUAUCAAUGGAUAUCAAUGUCGAUGUCUACCUGGCACUUCAGGACCCAAUUGUGAAAUUAACGUCAAUGAAUGUUACAGUAACCCAUGCAGAAACAGUGCUGAAUGUAUUGAUGGAAUAAACAAAUAUACCUGUCGGUGUAAACCAGGCUACACAGGCAUUCACUGUGAGACUAAUAUCAAUGAGUGUGCCAGCAAUCCUUGUGCCAAUGGAGGCAAAUGUAUAGAUAUGGAAGACGGUUAUCGUUGUGAUUGUCCACGAGGAUACUACGAUGCACGAUGCUUAAGUGAUGUAGAUGAAUGUAGCAGCAAUCCUUGUAUGAAUGGGGGCACUUGUGAAGAUGGAGUGAGCCAGUUCAUUUGUCACUGUAAACCAGGAUAUGGAGGGAAACGGUGUGAAUAUGAUGUGGAUGAAUGUGGUUCCAAUCCAUGUCAGCAUGGUGGAACAUGUUCUGAUCAUUUGAAUGCAUACUCUUGCCAAUGUAUUCCUGGUUAUACUGGAGUUAAUUGUGAAACUAAUAUUGAUGACUGUGCUUCUAAUCCUUGCAAGAAUGGUGGCUCCUGUAUCGAUGAUGUGAAUGAUUACAAGUGUGUGUGUGAACUGCCUCAUACAGGUCGAAAUUGUGAAGACAAAUUGGAUCCAUGCUCUCCAAACAGGUGUAAACAUGGAGCCCGUUGCUCUCCAUCAAGCAAUUUCCUGGACUUUGCUUGUACAUGUGGUAUUGGUUACAUGGGAAGAUUAUGUGAUGAUGAUGUUGAUGAAUGUAAGGUUUCUGAACCAUGUAGAAAUGGUGCAACGUGCCGCAAUACAAACGGUUCAUAUCACUGUAUCUGUGCCAAAGGCUAUGAAGGACGAGACUGUGUGAACAAUACAGAUGAUUGUGCAUCAUUUCCAUGUCAAAAUGGAGGAACCUGCCUUGAUGGAAUUGGUGAUUAUGAGUGCCUUUGUGUGGAAGGAUUCUCGGGAAAACAUUGUGAAGUUGAUGUUGAUGAAUGUGAAUCUAAUCCUUGUCAGAAUGGAGCUACAUGUAACCAGUAUGUCAACUCUUAUACCUGUACCUGUCCUUUGGGAUUUUCUGGAAUUAAUUGUCAAACAAAUGACAAGGAUUGUACUGUCAGUAGUUGCAUGUAUGGUGGUACAUGUGUUGAUGGCAUCAAUAACUACACAUGUGUUUGCCCAGCAGGAUAUACUGGCUCUAACUGUCAGUAUCGUAUCAAUGAAUGUGACAGUCUCCCUUGCUUGAAUGGUGCAACAUGCCAUGAUCAUGUUAAAUACUACACUUGCCAUUGUCCAUACGGAUUUACUGGCAAACAGUGUGAACAAUUUGUUGAUUGGUGUAGCACAAAUCCAUGUAUGAAUCAAGCUACAUGCAAACAAACUAAAAACACCUAUCAGUGUAUUUGUGCACCUGGAUGGACAGGAAAAGUAUGUGAUGUGGAAAUGGUUUCGUGUAAGGAUGCUGCAAUUCGGAAAGGUGUGGCUCGAGAAGAAUUGUGCAACAAUGGUUCGUGUGAAGAUAUAGGAAAUAGUCACAGAUGUCAUUGCCAAGAAGGUUACUCUGGCAGUUACUGUCAGGAGGAAAUUAAUGAAUGUGAGUCAGCUCCUUGUCAAAAUGGAGCUACAUGUCGAGAUCUUAUUGGCUCCUAUUCAUGUCAGUGCACAACAGGAUUCCAAGGGCAAAAUUGUGAACUAAAUGUGGAUGAUUGUCAGCCUAACCCAUGCCAGAAUGGUGGUAUAUGUCAUGAUUUAAUCAAUAGUUUCAGCUGCUCAUGCCCACAUGGUACUUUGGGCAUCAUCUGUGAAAUCAAUGAAAAUGACUGUGUUCAAGGAGCAUGUCAUAAUGGAGGAACAUGCAUAGAUCGUGUUGGUGGAUUUGAGUGUUCAUGUCCUCCAGGCUUUGUGGGACCUCGUUGUGAGGGUGACAUUAAUGAAUGUUUAUCAAAUCCAUGCUCCAGUUACGGUACCCAAGAUUGUGUUCAACUUGUCAACAAUUACCACUGCAAUUGUAAACCUGGUUACAUGGGUCGUCAUUGUGAAUCCAAAGUCAAUUUUUGUGACAGCUCUCCCUGUCAGAAUGGAGGAAUGUGCAACGGACAAGAUGUUGGUCACUUAUGCACCUGUCCUGAUGGGUUUUAUGGAAAGAACUGUGAAUUCAAAGGCUUUGACUGUGACUCGAAUCCUUGCCAAAAUGGUGGAGUUUGCACACUUAUUGAUGGAGGUGGUUAUCGUUGUGAAUGCCCAUCUGGAACACGAGGCACCCAUUGUGAGCUUGACUCUUGGAAUGAAUGUAGUAGUAUGCCAUGUGAACAUAAUGGUACGUGUCAGGACCAAAUUGGAGAUUAUGUGUGCAUAUGUCCACCAAAGUGGAAUGGAAAGAAUUGUAAUAGGUAUGACCAAAGUUUCCGUGGAGGAUACCCUCAUAAUACCAGCAGAAAAAUCUACGACACUGCAGUAGAAAUGAGUAAAUGCAUUGAGAAUAAAUGCCGAGAGAAAUCUGGAAAUUUCCGAUGUGAUUCAGAGUGUAAUACUUUUGCUUGCAAUUUCGAUGGAGGAGAUUGUUCUCUUGGGAUUAAUCCUUGGAGGAACUGCACAGCAAGUAUAAAUUGCUGGGAAUUGUUCCAAAAUGGAGUCUGCGAUGAACAGUGUAAUAAUGCUCAAUGUUUGUUUGAUGGACGAGAUUGUGAAGGACCUUUGAAUUCUUGCAAUCCCAUCUAUAAUGCCUACUGUGAGGAGCAUUAUGCAAAUGGACAUUGUGAUUAUGGUUGUAAUAACGAAGAGUGCAACUGGGAUGGCCUGGAUUGUGAGAAACAACCAGAGGCCAUGUUAGCUGAUGGUGUGAUGUCCGUUGUAGUCCUUCUUGAUAUGCGAACGUUUUUAGAUAAAUUAGUUUCAUUUUUAAGAGAGGUUGGCAGCAUUCUGAGAACAAAUGUGCGUGUGAAGAAAGACUCACAGGGAAAGGACAUGAUAUAUCCCUGGCGUCUAGGAAGUGAAGGUUUGUUAACUUUGGACGGACACAGAAAUGAAGUAUCUAAAUCAUUUACUUAUCACUCCGGAACAUCAGGUGUUGUUGUUUAUUUGGAGUUGGAUAACUUCAAAUGCACUCUUGCAGAAGGCAAAGAAUGCUUCCCCUCAGCUAAUGAAGCUGCCAACUACCUGGCUGGAAUAGCUGCUCGUCGGUCUAUGUCUACUGUGUUUCCAAUUCAUCGCGUCCAAGGAGAAGUGGAACCGCCUUAUGAUCCGGAUGAAACUGGAGCGAAUAUCAAAUACGUUUUUAUAGGUGUGAUAAUAGUAGUCGUGGCAGUUUGCUUGAUUGGAGUUAUUGUUACCGCCCAACGGAAACGAGCAGCAGGCAUCACAUGGUUUCCCGAGGGAUUUUUGAGGAACAACAGUGGUCAGAGACGACCUUCUCGACGCAGAGGUCCAGAUGGCCAGGAGAUGCGCAACCUCAACCAGCAACCAUCUGUGGGCUGCAUCGAUAUGGAUCUACCACCUCACGGGAUUACGGAACAUCAUGGUCCUGGUCAGCACUGGUCGGAUAGUGAAUCUGAUCUUCCGCCUCCCAAAAGAAUUCGAGCCUGUGAAGCUGGCUACGCGAGUGACCAUACUGCCAUUACCGACUAUGAAGAAGGAGAACCUCGAGCCUGGACUCAACAACAUCUCGAAGCUGCUGAUAUUCGGCCAAGACCUGAUCCAGCUAUUCUUACUCCACCGAGCUUGGAUGGCAACCAUGACAUUGAUGCCCGUGGUCCUUGUGGAAUGACUCCACUCAUGGUAGCUGCUGUGCGAGGUGGUGGUAUUGAUACUGGUGAAGAUGAAGAAGAAGAUAGUGCAGCUGCUGCCAUUGCUGAUCUUGUUGCCCAAGGAGCUGAACUUAACGCUACUAUGGACAAAACUGGAGAAACAUCUUUGCAUCUUGCAGCAAGAUACGCUCGUGCUGAUGCAGCUAAAAGGCUACUCGAUGCUGGUGCUGAUGCUAAUUCACAAGAUAACACAGGACGGACACCACUGCAUGCGGCAGUUGCAGCAGAUGCAAUGGGUGUCUUCCAGAUUUUACUUCGAAAUCGAGCUACAAACUUGAAUGCUCGAAUGCAUGAUGGAACUACUCCAUUAAUUUUAGCAGCAAGAUUAGCAAUUGAAGGGAUGGUAGAAGAUUUAAUUAAUGCUGAUGCAGACAUCAAUGCUGCUGAUAAUUCAGGCAAAACAGCUUUGCAUUGGGCUGCAGCUGUUAACAAUGUAGAUGCUGUUAACAUUCUACUUGCUCAUGGUGCUAACAGAGAUGCUCAGGAUGAUAAGGAUGAGACACCCCUCUUUUUGGCUGCAAGAGAGGGCAGUUUUGAAGCAUGUAAAGCUCUUCUGGAUAACUUUGCGAACCGAGAAAUUUCUGAUCAUAUGGACAGGCUACCCAGAGACGUUGCUGGGGAAAGACUGCAUCACGACAUUGUGAGGUUACUGGAUGAACAUGUGCCUCGCAGCCCACAGAUGGUGACCUCUGUAAUAUCCAAUGGUCCAAUCAUUGGUUCUCCAAACCACCAUCAUCUUAUCACUCAUCCAACUGUUAUUGGGGCAGGAACAAAACCAUCAAAAUCAAAGAAGCGUCAGAAGAGUAACAACAAUAACAAUGGGCCAGGUGUUCCCAACAGCAAUUCACCCACCAGCCCAGAUGUGGAGGGGGCUACAGGUUGUGUUAGAAGGAAACCAAGUGUCAAGAAGAGUAGCAGUAAGAAGCCUGUCGCUCAGGCUCCUGUGGAGCCACCCCACGGUGUGCAGAGUGUGGAAAGUGUGGCAUCCAGUUUGUCUCCUGUGAAUUCUCUUGAAUCCCCUCACACCGUAGGAAGCAUGAGUACCACAGACGGCACUCCCAGUCCCUACGACAGCUCUCUGUACAGUAACGGUGGUCUGUCAUUAGCCCAAUUGCAUCAUUCUGGGCUGGAGGGUAAUGGGAUGAUCCCUACCACCAAACAACCUCCUUCAUAUGAGGACUGUAUGAAAGGUGCUCCAUCUUUGCAGAGUAUUCAUAAUCUAGGAUUAGAGCCUUAUGGGAGUGGCAACUUUGUCAGUGGACUGGCUUCAUUUCAUGAUCAAGCACUUUCUCAACAUCAAAGACAGACAUCAUUACCUUUAACUAUUCCUACCCAAAGCCAGAUGCAGACACAAAUGCAAGCUCAUCCUAACACACUCUCUCCUCCAUAUAGUAAUCAACAAUCUCCACCCCACAGCGUGAAUUCAAAUCUUACGCUCUCACCUCCCCAGAGUUAUAUGGGUUCUCCCUCUCCAGCUAAAUCUCGGCCAUCCUUGCCUACAUCUCCCACUCACAUUGCUGCAAUGAGGGCAGCAACUCAACAAAAGCAUGGUUCUAUGCAUCAGCAGCCAUCUCAAACCAUGUCAAGCAUGGGCUACAAUCUUCCUACCGCAGAAAUGGCUUCAAUGGGAUAUGGCAGUACUGUUCAGCAGCAGCAGCAACAGCAACAACAGCAGCAGCAGCAGCAGCAACAGCAACAACAACAGCAGCAACAACAACAGCAGCAGCAGCAGCAGCAACAACAGCAACAGAUGGGCAAUGCUCAACAAAGCCAGUACUAUCACUUCCUCACUCCGCCAUCCCAACAUUCACAGAAUCCUGAGGUGACUCCUCAGCGUUAUAUAUUUCAUGAAACCUUCCCUACCCCAUCACCGGAGAGUCCUCCCGACUGGUCAUCAUCAUCUCCUCAUUCCAAUUCAGACUGGUCAGAAGGUAUCCAUAGCCCUGUAGCAAAUGCAUAUGCAACAGGUCCUGGUCAACACCAGAAGCAAGCAGAAGCCAUUUAUAUUUAGUGAAAGUUGUGUGUGUUCUUGAAUAGAGAGUAUAACUUCUUUGAAAACAACAACACACUCACAAACUUCAUUCGAAACAUUUUUGUGAUGAACAUUGAAACAAAACUUGUUUUUUCUUGGUUUUCAAGAUUAAACAUAUUGUGGAUUUUAUUGUAGUUUUAUCUACUAGAACACUAUUCACUGAUGUUCUUAGUUGGAUAAAAUAUGGGAACAAGACUGGGACCUGACUAAUUUUAGUAGGUAUCUUACAUAGCUGGUGUUAAGGGUCCAAGUAAAUGUAAAUUAUAUUUUUUGUGGUUUUUAUGAGACCAGAGAAUCUUAUUUUGUAUAGUUUUAAACAAUUCAUUUCUAUGUCUGUACAAAACGAGUUUGCCAAAAUUGUAGAGACCGUGAAUGUAUUGGUCACCAUCAAUGACAAUGAAGUAAUUUUCUUUUAGAGACUUGUGGAAAUAGAUAAUCUCAUUUAUCAUCUUAAAACAAAAAGAUACUCCUUUUUUGUCAUUCUAGAAUUCACGGUUACUAACAAUACGUAGUGCCUUGAAGAAGAAGAAAUAGCAAAUAAAAUGUGUGCCUUAGUAACUUGCCAUGACUAUCGUGUAUAAUUUGAAAUUAAAUGAGGUGCCUUGAACAGUUUUUCAUGUGAGCAUUUUUUCAAGAAGACAAGUGAAAGUGGGUGUAUAAAAGAUAUACUGUGUGAAUAAAUUAUUAGACAAGAUGUUUUCUUAUGUGUGUAGAAAGAUAGUGUACUGUGAAAAGUGUAUCGUGAAUUUUUUUAUAUUAUCAUACAUGCAUAAGAACUACAGUGACUGUUGGAGAGUUUGUUAGAUAGUUUCUGUUAUAUGAACUUUGUAAAUAGUUUUUAUUUUGUGUACAAAAUUUUAGAAGUAUAGUCUUCGUUUUAGUAAUACUAAAGGACUCAGCAUACCACAUAUAGUUGGCAGCCUGUACUUACUUGUUAUGGGCUGGUAUGCAUAUACAUAUACAAUUUAUGUUUUAGUUACUAUAGUUUAGGAUGUAUUUUAGGUUUAAGAUUUGAAGCCCAAGGUGUUCGAGAAUGUGCAAAAUGAGAAGAAAACAAGAUCUGUUUGAUUUGAUGAACAAUGUUUGAUCAAGAUUUGAUGAACAGUGUGUGUUCAGAAAGCAUAGCAAGACAGAACACAAAUUCCUCAAUAUGUUUUAAUAAAACACACCUUUUGUGUUCUGUAAAAAACAUAUUUGUAUUUUGCUUGAAAUUCAAUGUACUUUUGUUUAUAUUACUUCAUGUAAGAAAAAACAAUGUUCCUGGAAAAUUUUAUAUAACAUGAUCUUUCAUGUUAUGUAAAUAACAUGACAAUACACAAGGAAGGUAAUUAAAAUUAAAGAAAAAUUGACAAUGUGAUAAAUUUGAUGUUAAACAUUUUAUUCAUUUGGUUUUAAUUGAAGAUUUGUACAUAUUCCUGUAAGUGUAUUCUCAGAUUUUAUUUCUCGAGCAGUGUUGAAAAACAAUUUUUGUCUAAAAUUGUGUUAAAUAAACAUUUAUGUAAAACAGUGCAUCUUGUUAUAUGCAGUGUUUAACUUAUGCAAGAAUAAAUCUUUU